AUGGCGCAGAUCUACCGUCAAUUGCUGCACUGGACGAACUGUCACUUCCAUCCUGAGGCGGACCACAAUGUCGAUAUAAAUGAAGGGGAGGUUAACCGAAGCAAAGUCAUUGACCAUUAUUUGAAUAGUGUAGCAUUACGCCCCACGAGCCGACGAGAAUCUAAGAAACAGUGGAGCUUGGCCCUCGAUGAGAGUGGGGAUAUGCCAAACAGCGCAGAGCAACUCCUAGAUGACUACGCCCUGGCGCUAAACAUCGCAUCCCCGAAUACUGUUGCUAUGCGUUGCCGCAUUGACGCUGUUCUGCUGUCGAUUCUAGCCACUGCAAAGAAGGAAGAAACCAACGCUCGCGAACACACUGCACCGGACGCCGAAGACAGUCUGUAUCUAGCCUUUCUGCCGAAAGUUUCUAUGCCACAUACCAUCAAGGGAAAACGCUAUACUCUGGAGUGUAAUGCCGACAACAUCCUAUGGUACGGUGACCGCGAUGAACUAGACACCAACCUACUUGUUGUUCGCAAGGAAAGUCCCUUGGAUACUGGAGAUUACUCAACGCUUGCGCCCAUGGUCAUGAUCCACCGUGCCCACAGACUUGCCGGGCGUAAAACUGAGAUCUAUGGUAUCUGUACCGAUAGUUGCGAAUGGAACUUCAUACACAUCAACAAAAAGGGCCGGGUACGUGAGCCCCAUGCUUUGUAUAAGGCUCACGUUCAUGUUUUCAGGUCUCCCAUUUAUCACUGUACUGGUUGCAUGACCAGCAGCAAAUUAUCAAACAGGUUCGCAGCAUCAUCCGCCAAGCAGUUGCCCUUCAUCGCAAAGCAAGUGGGAGUUCAAGUCACUUGA